CAACCUGUCAAGCUAGACGAAUUGGAACCUGGGAAUAAGCGGGAGAAAUGCUCGUCGACCUCACGCGUGGAUCUGGAGGCAGGCACGGACGAGAAGACGGAUCUACACGAAGGAAGAGGGCAACUGAAGAAGCUGGGUCUUUGCAGCAUUGAGAAACGAUCUUUCGUCGCACACAUGGUCUCCAUUCUCCGCUCUGCUUCCUGCCCAACAGCAAAAGCAGUCAGCAACUGUUCCGCCAAGUGGGCGCUCCGGCAGCUCGCUCCGGCGCAACCAAUCAUAGCGCGCCACGUCAGCAAACCUGCCCGCUUAAACCUCCACCCAACUUUUACCCCUGCCAGAAGCAGUGUCAGAGGGAUCCCCCAGCCAAGUGGCCCCUCGUUUCCCCAUAGACGGGCGGAAGGGAGUUUCCGAAGCAGGGCCGCUCAAUUCAAAAGCAAUCAAGUAGGAGAAGGGUUCGCCUCAUUUGGAUCAUUAGGGGCUACCAGCAAUCUUGAAACAGUUAGCACGCCUAGUUUGCCCAGUUCGUUUCGUGGGUCGCCGCUCCAAGGCUCGUGGACACUCGUUGGCUUUGUACGCGUCAGAAGCGCAGGAGGACAUCGGCAGGGGAGAGGCUUCUGCACACAAGCGGCGGCUCGGGAGUUUGUGAUCAAAGAGACCGACAUGGCCUCUACCAAAGAGACGCCCGUCAUCUUAUGGUUCCGCAGCGACCUGCGGUUGCACGACAACGAGGCGCUUGUGCGGGCAGCAGAAGCAUCGGAUUCCGUUGUCCCGGUCUUCUGCUUCGACCCGCGGAUCUACGGGCGGACGUACCACUUCGGCUUCCAGAAAACGGGACCCUUGCGCGCCCAGUUCAUCUGGGACGCCGUCUCCGACCUACGUCAGCAACUACGUCAGCGGGGCGCGGACCUUCUCGUGCGCGUCAGCAACCCGGAAGACGUCAUCCCGUCUCUCGCAAAAUCCGUUGGCGCACAGCGCGUUUUCGCGUCGCUCGAGACGUGCUCCGAGGAGAAAGCGGUAGAGCGGCGCAUGCUACACAAGCUCCAGGAGGGGAACUCUAGAGGGUUUCUGGAGCUGGUAUGGGGGGGCGUAACGAUGUAUCACAUCGACGACUUGCCGUUUCCGGCUGCAGCGGUUCCGGAUGUUUACACCCAGUUCCGGAAGGGGGUGGAGAGCCGGUCGAAGGUACGGGAACCUCUAAAGAUUCCGAAGCUGAAGCCCAUUUCGAAGGAGGUUCUCGGGAAGAUUCAGGCGGCCGGAGGGCCCGGAGAGAUGCCCCGAUUGGAAGCUUUAGGGGUGGAUCCGCAGGCGAUGGACCCCCGGGGGGUGCUGCCAUUCAAGGGCGGGGAAACGGCGGCGCUGGAGCGGUUGAAUGACUACUUCUGGACAAAGGACUGCUUGAAGGAGUACAAGGAGACGCGGAACGGCAUGCUGGGCGGCGACUACUCGUCCAAGUUUUCGGCGUGGCUCGCGCACGGCUGCAUUUCGCCACGCUACAUUCACAGCGAAGUUCGAAGGUACGAAAGAGAGCGCGUCGAGAACAAGUCGACGUAUUGGCUGCUGUUCGAGCUGAUUUGGCGGGACUACUUCCGCUUCAUCUCCAUCAAGUUUGGGGACAAGCUCUUCAAGCUGGGGGGCCUGCGAGACGUUCGUGGCAAGGAGUGGGGCCAGAACAAGCAGCUUUUCGACACGUGGCGGGAGGGACGGACCGGUUACCCUUUGGUUGAUGCCAACAUGAAAGAGCUAGCAGCAACCGGGUUCAUGUCCAACCGAGGGAGACAGAUUGUGUGCUCGUUCCUGACGCGCGACAUGAAACUAGACUGGCGGCUCGGCGCGGAGUGGUUCGAGACGUGCCUGCUGGACUACGACCCGUGCUCCAACUACGGCAACUGGACCUACGGCGCGGGGGUCGGGAAUGACCCCCGGGAGGACCGAUACUUCAGCAUUCCCAAGCAGGCUCAGAACUACGACUCAGAGGGCGCUUACGUCGCCUACUGGCUGCCGGAGAUCGCGAAGCUUCCGACUUACAAGCGCCACGCGCCGAACACCCUCACUCGGGAAGAGCAGGACAAAUACGACGUCGAAAUCGGCCCAGGGGGUUACCCCGCCCCUGUUGUGCCGCUGUUGCAUGGGCAGCCCGGAGGGGGGGGAAGAGGAGGCGGGUUUAGUGGUAGGGGCAGAGGGGGGGGAAGGGACGGUCGGAGUGGGAGAGGCAGGGGGGGACGAGAUGGGCGGGCGGCCAAGUUUUAGCGGAUUAAGCCUUUGAAACGUUCUGGUUAGAUUGGAGUUAGUGUAGCGGGAUGGUGUUACUGGGCAAGGACGAUCGAGCGUUAGAAAGAGGGGUUGCCAUCAGUCUUCUGUUGAGGAACUCUUUGCCUUACGGAAGCGAUUAACGCUGGGAUGACGAGAUCAAAACCAUGAUUUUGUUGAUCAUUUCGGAAGGUUUAAUUGUCGGGAAAGACUUGCCAACAUUUGGCAUGGAUCGGACCGGCUGGUCCCAGCCAGUGACUGAACCACUGCUGGUUGACCAGAUUCCAAACGGAUCUGGUAACGGUCGAGACUCUUGCUUCAGGAGAAAUCCACGAAAGGAUGUUAUUAUUUCGGGUUUCUAAUAUAGAACCUCUAUAGCCUCGGGUUGAUGGU